AAAUGUUGAAUUCUCUCCUCUUCUUAUUGCGAUAUAAAAUGUUUUUUGUUUCAUUUCAUUUACAUUGGGAAAUAGAGAAACGAUCAUUGUGUUUUGUUAGUUUUAAAAACUUUUGAUAUAUUAGUAUUUUGCAUUAUAAGCAGUCAACCGAUUGACAAACUAGAAUUAUUUGAAUUCCGUGUGGAAAGAGCUCGGGUUAAUUUCGAGUGUUAUCUGCAAUCUAGAUGUUUAUAAAUCAUUUCAGUCGUUGAUAUAAUAAUAAAAGGUCGACUGAACAUGAAUUAUAUUAUACAAUUUAAAGCGCAUUUCUGUUUAUGCACGUGAACCCGUCGAACGUUAUUUUCGCAGUUAUAUAAAGUAGCAAAUUAUCGUUCCUGAAUAGGUGGCGCCGUGGUAGCGGAUCCUGUUCCUCUACUUCCGGUUUCUGCACUGUGCAACUAUUUCAGUUAUAUUUUUAAUUAACGAUGCCAAGUACUUGUUGUUGUGUACCUGGAUGUCAUUUAAGAGGAGGACAUGCAUUUCCAAAUGACUUAAAAAGAAGGAAAAGUUGGAUCAACGCCAUGGCCCAUACGCAGAUUGGACGAGAACACGAUGAUAUCGUGGAGUCCAUCUCAAUCAGCUGUUGUUUGCAAGGCACGUUUUACUGAAAAAGACUACGUGCAGGAAACUAUUCAUGGGCGCAAACCCACCAUACAGAGACUUAAGUCUACUGCAAUUCCCAGCCUAUUUUCCUGGACCAAGCAAGAGACUGAAUCGUCCGCAAAAAGAAAAAUCAGGGCAGUUUCCUGUGAAAACAAAAGAACUAAACUUGAUAAAUAUUGUAGUAGAAAUCUAGAGGAAAGUUUUGAUUGUAAAGUUGGUUUUCCUGAAGAAGUCAUUCAUACUGCAGAAAGGAUUUAUGACUGUCCACCACCAACUGCCGAGCUAAUGUUGAGCUUCACAGAUGGAAUUACGCAAACACCAUCAAUGCCUAUGUUUUCAGCAGAGAAUUUUGAAAUGAAGACACGUGACACAGCCAUGCAUUUUUAUACCGGUUUAGAGUUGUAUACUAAAUUUUUAUUUGUUUUUACCACACUUGGUCCAGCAGCACAUUGUUUGAGAUACAUAUAUUUUCAAAUUGAUAGGGUGUCAGUUGAAAAUCAGUUUUUUUAUGACUUUGAUGAAAUUGAGGCAUCAUACAACCAACUUUGAACUGUCUAGAUUCUAGAUUGAAUCUAGUGUUAAGAAUAUUGUGUAUACAUGGAUUGUUUUUAUGUCUAAACAGUGGUGUGAGGCUAACACUUGGCCAUCUAGUGGUUUAGUCAGGUGUUUUUCACCAUCCAACUUCAAAUUAAAGUUUCCUACGACUUGGAUUAUUAUUGACAGCACAGAAUAUCCCGUGAUAAAACCUAAAGCUCCUGGAGCUCAGGCAACCUUUUCAUCAAAUAAAAACAGAAACACUGAAAAUUCUUGAAUGUUCGACACCUGGUGGUUUAGUCAACUAUGUCUCUAUGUCACAUAGAGCGAAUUAUUGGACUUGGCAAAACAUACAAAAUUCUAAUAAAUCCUAUGAAUGGAACUGAAAAA